AUUCGAUGUCUGGACCUUUGAAAUACCAUUAAAUUAUGGACACUGCUUUGAUGACUCAAGCAUCAAGUGCCCCCGGCUUUGACUGUUGCUCCCCUUCAGCCGGAUCCAACCUUGUUGUUUCAAACUGUCUCGAAUUCUCAUGCACUGGUCUUUUGCUUUGGGUUGAGACAAGCGGUAUUAUCAUGUCCUUCAGUAGCAACAACCCGCCGCCGCGGCUGAGUCCUCUCCGGACAUCUCGCUCCUUCACCCGCCUCGAUCCUCCUUCCACGCCUCCAGACAUCACGCGCCCCAAGAGAGCGAGCACGAUACAGUCCCCAGUCAAAGACACUUCCGAGAUGCCCGACACGUUCGAACGCAGAGUCAGCUUGGACUUGGAGCCCCCGAGGUCGUCCAUCGAUCUGGAAGGACUCCCCAUCGAGUUGGUCGCCCUGACAGACAGCUUCAUCGACGGCCUAGUCGCAAAGGUGCACCCAGCACCGCCCAACAUCGAUUCGCUCUCUCAGCGCUUUCAAGACUUUUAUGCUACUGCCGCCUCCCACAUCCAGACCCAUAUCGACAGUCUAGCCACUCGACAAAAACGCGAUGACUUUGCAGCAUCUACCUCGGGCACGCGCCAGUCUGCGGCCAGUAUACUACGCCAAAAGGCUGCCCAACUGGGCAGCAGCAGCAAGGAAAAGCUCAAGGCGGGACUUUCAAGGCGAGACUCGGAAAUGCUCACCCCCGAGGAAUACGCCGAACGUAGGAAGGCAAGGAAAGCGUUGGAGCAGCAGCGGAUACUGUUGGAGGAAGCUGUAGAGAGGAGGCUUUGCGAAGGCAUCUACGGAAGAAUUUACCGCCAUCACACCACACAGGAUGAAGCGCAGGAUGACAAGCUCCGAUCAAAAACUGCCGCUUUGGCCGUGGUAGGCAUCGGCCCCAGCGAUCUGGGAGUGGACAUUGGAGACAUCGACAAAAGCGACCCCGGAGCCGUGGCCAAGAGAACAGAAGAGGUCAGGGACUGGCUGGAAGGGGCGAGGAAAGAGUUGAUACUGAUGAACCAGUCGCGGUAUCCCCUGGGCAAGCUAAACCAUCUCAAGGCAGCGCAUAAAGCCAUCAUCGACACUCUCUCGCAUUUCCACCCUUCCUCAUCCGCAGACGAGCUUAUGCCGAUGCUCAUCUUCACCCUCAUCACCCUCCCGCCCGAGAACCUCAACGUCAUAAGCGACGUCAACUUCAUCCAGCGCUUCCGCUGGGAACCCAAACUAGUGGGCGAGUCAUCCUACUGCCUCACCUGUCUCGAAGCCGCCAUCAGCUUCCUCGAAACAGUUGACCUUUCCACUCUCCGCGCCGACGAAGCUCCCACCGGACCCGCAAAGACUCCCACUGGCUCCUCAAUACCUCGGGCAGAGACAUUCCCUCCCGCCUACUCAGCCGGAGUCUCCUCCACCCCCAGCCCAUCCUCCGAGUCCAACAAUAGCCUCAAGCCUCCCCUCUCCCGCCACGCCAUGCGGCUGCGUGAUCGCCGGCUUAGUGAUUUGGUGACGCAGCCGGCACAAGCCUUCAACGCCGCCAGCGACGCCGUCUUCACCACGGCCGAUCAGAGCCUCAAGACCAUCGGCAUCAGCUUAGGCGAUAGCUACAAGUUCCUUGUUGGCAAGAUGCGCGAGCACCAGGAGGCCAUCGUGCCCAAGACACUUGAAGAUGCGCGCAAGCUGAUCGGCACACCACCGCCUCCUCUUCUCGAAGAUGACGGCAAUUCCAUGGCGGGGAGCGCAAGCGUGAGGAGCGCCGCCAGCUCGGUUCACACGCCUGACGAGGGUCUGCAUCCACUAAAGCGGUCCAACACGCCCAGCAGGUCAGCGGAUGAUAGGGUGUUGAGCAUCAUCGGCGGGAGAAAAGCAUCAUUAGCAACAAGGGAUACCAGCGCCGACAGCGCGGGCACCACGAGGAGUGUUUCGGGGUCAGGGAAGCGGCCAACGGUGGAGGAAAGAGCGGCUGCGGCUGUGGCUGCUGGGAUGAGCGGCGGUGGUGGUAGUGGGUCAUCAACAAAGGAAUCCAAGGAAGGAAACUCGGCUACGACGGGCACCGCGACGACCCCUAUCCCGACUUCGGCAUCGGCGCCUCCCGCUUCGUCGAAUCCAGCGCUCAUUGAUUCCGUCAGGAACCUGAGCAGCUCGUUUAAUCCAAUGGCAAGGUUCUCGCAGGGUAUCAGCGGACUAAGGAGCUUUGGCAGGACCACACCGUCCACACCGUCAUCGGCGGCACCCCCUCCGCCUGUGGCCAAGGACAAAGAGAUGCCGCCUGUGCCAGGGAAGGGGACGCCGGUGGCGGAUGGCGGGGACUUAGCUACGGCCUUCCCCGACCUAGCCCCCGCGCUCCCACCAAAGGAAAUCCCCAAGAUUGAACCGCCCAUCAAGCGGUUCAUGGAGGUUCAGAACCCGGCCGAUUUGCGGAUAGGCGAAGUGUUGGAUUUGCUGAGAGAUUAUAGAAGGCUAGCGGGUGCGUUGAAAGAUGUGGGUGCUUUUAAGGAAUAACUUACUACUGGUAGACAAUGCGGAUAAUAUAUAUAUACGCAGAUGCGAUGCAUAUCGGAAGAAUUACUAGGUGGAGAAGGGAG